AUGAAGAGAAUUAGGGAGAAAAAACUUCGGGAACAAAACUCUUUAUCAUAUGAUAAAGAUAAUUCAUCGUGUGAUAUAAAAACCGUUUCCCAAGGAAACGAUCAACAAAAAACAACCACAAAUAUUGCUUUACCAGCGGAGGAGCUUGAUGAUUCUGAUGAAAUUGAGCUUACUAUAAAUCAAAAUAUAGAAUUAGAUUUAAUACGAGAUUUACAGAAUGAUAUGCUUAUUGCUAUACCGGAUCCCAUAGAUACACCUCCCGAAGAUAUCAUUGAAUGCCCGGCAAUGAUCACUAGACCUCAACCUUCUGAAUAA